GUUGCAUACGCAACAGCACUGUGCCAUUUGCACUUAAGACUGGCAAUCAUAGGAAGCAAAGACGGGUGCAAAGAGAGACAGAAAAGAAGAGGAGGAGGACGGUCAUUCUGUGCCAUGUUGGCUGAAGGUUUUCUCAGAGUGCUGCGUUACAGGGAGGAGAGAAAGUUUGCCACUGCUUCCAAGAUUAAGAGAUCGCAGACACACACUCCUGGUGCAGAUCAGUUCAGCGGUAUUCUCUCUGAGUCCAUCUCUACAGAUCUACAGACAGAUUCAGCCGAAGCAGGUCCAAACCAGGAAGAACUAGACACCACCCAAUUCCAGGGACUGAAGGUGGUGCCUCAAGUUCCUGUAGGCCUCUUGAUCCCUGGGUGUCCACCUGACCCUACAGUUUUCCUAGACAGCUGUAGCCUCCUGGACCAGUACCCAGACCUGCAGGUGGCCGACUCAGGCCGCAUCUCACACAACCCACUGAGAGCCACCAUCCCCCAGCAAGGUUUUCACACUCAGCCUCUUGCCACGGAUGCCUGGCGUCACCCAGAAUGGGCAACCCAACAGGGGCCACGAGGCGAGCCUGUCUUAUCGAUACCAGACCAGGGUUAUCUGGUUAUGGGGGCCAGUGUGAACAACAGCUUGGAUCUACCCGGAUCAGGCUUGGAGCCUAUGUCUAACUCUGUGCUGAAUGGGCUGCUGGAGAAACAGCUGGAAGAGGUGUACAUGCAGCAUCUGACUGACAACUUGGCUCGAUGUAACUCCCACCUGGGGAACAGCCUCCUGCACGGCCUGGUGCCUCUGCCACACGGGCUGGGGCCGGACUCACUGGAGGCCGGUCUGGAACAGGGAUCAGGAGGGGACAGCGGAAAGAAGAUUAGUUAUCUGAGCACCCAGAACUUAGUUCCCUGCUCGUCCAACUUCAGCUCCCCUGUGCUGAGGAUUUCAGAGGCUGAAAGUACUCAUCUGCAAUGAAUGCAAUCAUGUGCACUCCCUGCAAAAGUAUUAUGUUCUAUUAUGUGAUGCUCAGCUAAAGGCUUUUUUGUUGUUGUUGCUUCUGCACUUCUUAACCUCCAAGUUUACACAUACCCACAUGCAACUGAGACGUGAAAACAAGUGCAAUUCAUUAAAUCGUGCUUAUUUUUUUAGACCUAUAUUUACAACAUGUCUUUGUUUACUUGCUUGCUGAAAUUAAGCCUCAAAUGUACAUGCUCUCAUGUGCCAUCUGCUGUUAGUUUUAGGAGCUACACCAUCUUGUAUUCACCUGAGUAAUUUUGAAACAAAGUGUAAUCCAGCGUAAGAUUAUGAAUUUAUACUGCACAUUGAAGUUGCCUUGUAAAUAGAGAUGUAACCUGUGAAUGAAUCCAUCUAGUCUAAAUGAAGUAAAAUAAGAUUCCAAUCAACACAUUUGUUUUUUAAGUGAUAUGUUGUAUAUAAGUCUCUCAAUAAUGUUUAGACAUACAUUCAUUAUAUUAAAUGGUUAAUGUGG